UUUUAGACUAAUAACCCAACUUCAUUCGCAUUGAAAAUAGCAUACUGGAAUUGCAUUCUAUUAUAAUGUUAAUCCUUAUUAGUAAUGCGUAAACCAUUUUGUAUAAACAUGAUCUUGUCGGCUCUCUGUGACCUCAGCCAAGCUAAACUGCUAAAUUAGCGAGCCUAGACGCGGUGUGUACAAACCUCUUCCGCAUAGCUUCGGACUUUCCAACACAAUAUGGCCAAUCUUGGCAACGACGUUGCUCGGUACAUUGUACUAAUCAUAUGGAUGGGAAUCAACAUCUACUUGUUUAUGGACGUGUACUACAAACUGGCCACGACAAAAGAGAAUAUGUACUUGAACAAACUCGUCAAGUUUGGCCUUGCACUAGCUAGAGCCCCCGCAAUGGUGCUCAACUUUAACUGCAUGCUGAUCCUGUUGACCAUGUGCCGCAACUUGCUGUCAUUCAUCAGAGGCUCGUGUAAGUGCUGCAGCUUUAUGCUGAGAUUACUGGAUAAGCACGUGACUUUCCACAAGUACAUCGCCUACAUGAUCUGCCUUCAGACAGCUAUUCACUGCAUCGCGCACAUCUUCAAUGUGGAGUUCCUGAUUCUCGCGUGGCAGAAGGGAGGGAUCUAUACCAAACUAUGCCAACUAGAAGACGUCGGCAACGAGACCUACAUCAACCCCAUCAGAGAUCCUAAUGCCGAUCCCAUAACGGUGCUUUGGACCAUCGUCUCUGGAGUGACUGGUGCUGUCAUUACCUUGGGGCUGAUAUUGAUGCUUUCCUCCUCGACCGAGUUGAUCAGGAGGUCGUACUUCGAAGUGUUUUGGUUCAACCAUCACUGUUUCGUGAUAUUCUACAUUGGACUUGUCCUGCACGGUGUACAGGGUAUAAUUCGUUACCAGUCUAAUGUUGAUAAGCACGACCCAGAAAUCUGCAUGAACCACACCCUGUGGUACAACCAUCCCAAGUGUAUGGAACCGCCAAAAUUCGUCCCUUUCGGCAUGAAUACGUGGCGAUGGGUGGUCGGUCCCAUGUUUCUGUACUGUAUAGAGAGGCUUAUUCGGUUCGUCCGCUCGCACCAGGCCAUCCAGAUCAUAAAGGUUGUCAAACACCCGUCGAAUGUCAUCGAGAUCAAGAUGAAGAAGGCGGGCUUCAGACCCGAAGUAGGCCAGUAUAUUUUCCUACAAUGCCCAAAGAUCUCCAAGCUCGAGUGGCAUCCGUUUACAUUGACAUCAGCCCCCGAGGAGGACACGUUUUCUGUCCACAUUCGUAUCGUCGGUGAUUGGACAGGUGACCUUGCCAAGCUGUGUGGCUACAAAGGCCAGAAGCUACAGAGCGUCAACGAAAUGCCAAGACUCGCCUUAGAUGGACCCUUUGGCACUGCGAGUAUUGAUGUUUUCAAGUACGGUGUCGGGAUGUACAUAGGUGCAGGGAUCGGUGUAACGCCAUUUGCCUCCGUUCUGAAGUCCAUAUGGUACCGGUAUAACGAGAAUCCAUCGGACCUUAACAUCAAGAAAGUGCAUUUCUUCUGGAUCUGUAACGAUACAAAUGCAUUUGAGUGGUUCACUGAUCUUCUGAAGAUACUCGAAGAAAAGAUGAUCGACUCGGGAAAUGCAGGUUUUCUUGAAUAUAACAUUUACCUGACAAGAGGAUGGGGGGCGAAUAUGGCACGUGACAUUUACCUGCGCGAGGACGAAGUUGAGGAUCCCAUUACUCGACUCAGACAAAAGACGCGAUUUGGGCGACCGGAGUGGAACAAAAUCUUCAACGAUAUCGGCAAAAAGCAUCCUAAGACGGAUAUCGGCGUAUUUUUCUGUGGACCGAAGGCUCUCUCUCACACACUACACAAGAUGUCAAACGCCCAUAGUCGGGACGGAGACGGGGCCAAGUUCUACUACAACAAGGAGAACUUCUGAAGACGUUUACGACAAAGAGAUACUUCUGAAGAAUGUAAAGAAGUUAACUGCAACAAGGAGAACUUCUGAUGGCCUAAACUACGGCAAGGAGAACUUCUGAAGACGUUAACUAUGACAAGGAGAGCUUUGAAGAAGUUAACUACGACAAGAAGAACUUCUGAAGACCUUGUCUAAUUGUCCUAACAACUGCAUAUCUGUUUUGCUGAAAAUAAAAAGGGGCGUUCUUUUUAAUCUUAUCCUAAGAUGUCUAGCCCUAUGCAUGGUCUUUCUUUUUUUUUUCUCAUAAGAUUAGUUAAACUGGUAACAAUGUAUGUUCCGUUAGUAAUUUAAUUCGAUGUUUACAAAUAAAGAACGGGUCGAAGACUAACAGGUUA